AUGUCUGCCUCACUCCCUGGUCCUCGCGACUUACCUGCCUCUCAAUAUGAUCUGACCACCUACUGGGGCCGUGUGCGCCAUGCUGUAGACAUCUCCGAUCCCAGGACGCUGCUCGUUUCGCCCGCAGGUCUGGAGCAGGCGAAGGGCCUCAUCUCCUCGUACAAACAGAACAAGAUCCCCACCAUGACGCCGGAUCUGUGGAAAGCGAAGAAGGUGGUCGACUCGACGCUGCACCCGGGUAGGGACUUGAACAAUAAGCAAAGAACGAGCCAGGUGCUGACAAGAUGUGUCUCAGAUACCGGCGAGCCGGUCCUGCUCCCCUUCCGCAUGUCGUGCUACGUUCUUUCGAACUUGGUCGUCACGGCGGGCAUGCUUACUCCCGGCCUCCAGACCGCCGGCACCCUCCUCUGGCAAAUCGGCAACCAGUCGUUGAACGUCGCCAUUAACAAUGCCAACGCCAACAAGUCUACCCCCCUCUCCACCUCCCAGAUCGCCAAGUCCUACCUCAUGGCCGUCUCGGCCUCUUGCUCUGUGGCCCUGGGCCUGAACGCCCUCGUCCCCCGCCUCAAGGGCAUCUCUCCCAACGCCCGCCUCAUUCUCUCCCGCCUCGUCCCCUUCGCCGCCGUCGCUAGUGCUUCCGCCCUGAAUGUCUUCCUCAUGCGCGGCGAGGAGAUCCGCCGCGGCAUUGACGUCUACCCAGUCCUCUCGGCUGCAGACCGCGCCAAGCGCGAGGCCACUGGCGACGACGCUGAGCCUCUGCAGAGCCUGGGCAAGAGCAAGAAGGCCGCAACCCUCGCUGUCGGCGAGACCGCCAUCUCCCGUGUCCUGAACGCGACCCCGAUCAUGGUCCUCCCUCCACUGAUCCUGGUCCGCCUCGAGAAGACCGCCUGGCUGCGCGCCAACCCGCGCAUGGUUCUGCCUGUGAAUCUGGGUCUGGUUCUGACUACCUCGCUCUUUGCCCUGCCGCUUGCGCUGGCUGCGUUCCCGCAGCGCCAGGCCAUCAGCGCUGCUACACUUGAGGAGGAGUUCCAUGGUCGGGGUGGCUAUGAGGGCAUGGUCGAGUUUAACCGUGGCAUGUAA